CGACGACGACGACUACAACGACGAACGACAACAACGCCUCGAGAACUCCUAGCAUCGGAUCGAGCUCUAUACCUGCUCCUCCUAUCGUAACGCCGCUUCCGCCUUCCGACAGACGACUCGAGGCUGCGUCACAACUCCUCCGCAAUGGCGCAACCUCCUCCGCCUGGCCCUGGUGGUCAGCCCCAACGUCCUUAUCCUCCUCAACAGCAGCCGUCCUUCCAGGGCCAAGCGCGUCCGCCGCCGCCUCAGCAGGGAGGGCAAGGCUUUCCUCCAGGUGCUCGUCCUCAACAACCAAAUGCCCCCCGACCUCCCUUUCCGCAGGGUCCCAAUCGCGGCAUGGCGCCAUCGCCCAAUCCCAUGGGAGCACGGCCACCGCCCGGUCCUCCUGGACAGCCGCAUCAGCAGCCGCAGCAGCAGAUGAGGAAUGGAGCCACGUCGCCUAUGCCUCCCGGCGCCAGACCGCAGAUGCCGAUGCCCGGCCAGCAGCCGCCACAUCUCCAGCAGCAGCAACAGCAACAACAGCAGCCCAGACCAGGCAUGGCCCCUCAACAGCAGCAGGGACUGGCAGCGCAGAUGUCGCAACUUAAUGUCAACGCAGGCUCGCCGCAGCCUCCCACGUCACCCGCUCCCCCGAACGCUGUAGCCCGUAAUAAGAGGAGCGCCCGAGCCUAUCAUCAGGAUGCCCCUCAUGAUCCGACUGCUGGUACAGACGGCGGCUGGAACGAUGCUCCUCCAAAUCAAGUUCAGCAGCAGGCUUGGCAGACGGCGGCUGCAGCUCGACUCGCUCAGUACGGCGAUCAACCCCACGACUUCGAGGGAAGCGCAGACGAUGCACUCGACCAGAUCCCUGGCCAGAGGAACGUCCUUCACCCCAUGCACGCAGCUGCCAAUCAGCAGCGCAUGGCCGCUCAACAGGGCCGCGUCAAUGUCCCAGGUCAAGGGCAGCAAGGACCCGGCUAUGCUCAGAAUUUGCCAAUGUCUCCUCCUGGCCCUCACACGCCAGCUCCAGUGGGCGCCGGCCAAGGUCAAUUCUUCCAGCAGCAACAUCAGCAGCAGCAAGGUGGUCAGCCUGGCGGAGGGAUUGGCCAACCGCCGCAUCAAGCCGGCCAGAGGCUCAGAGGUCCAAAGGCCAACAUCAGCGCCGACCAGGUCCCCGCGCCCGUCGAGAAUCAAGAAGCAGAUCAGACCUUCUUUGACAAGCAGUGGUUCGCCACCUGUGGCACUGGCGGCCUGCCGCUGAGCACCACCGACUUUGGCGCCGUCGAUCAGGGCAACGCCAACCCGAAGUUUAUGCGCUUGACCACAUACAGCAUGCCGUUCUCCGACGAGCUGGCUUCGACCGCUCAGCUGCCCCUCGCUGUCAACGUCCAGCCUCUUGCGCAGCUGCGGCCCGAUGAACAGCCCAUUCCUGUCAUCGAUUGCGGGCCAUCUGGCCCCCCGCGCUGCAAGCGUUGUCGCGCCUACGUGAACCCUUGGGUCAUCUUUGUCGAGGGCGGCCAGAAGUGGGUCUGCAAUUUGUGCGGCACGGCAACGGAGACUGGGCCCGAAUACUUCUGCAACCUCGACAUGUCCGGCAGAAGAGCCGACUUUGAUCAGAGGGUCGAGUUGCAGAAGGGCACAGUCGAGUUUGUCGUGCCCAAGGAGUACUGGGCCAUACAAAGCAAGCCGCCGUCCAGCGUUAUGCUACCUGUGGCGCCCGCUCUCACGGAUGCGGCUACGGCUCGUUUGUCUCCUCUGCCAGACAAGAAGGGAGACGUAGAUCCCUUUGCGGGCAGUACGAUGGGCUUGUCCGGGCAGAGUGGUCAAGCUGCCAAGGCGGCGACCAAAGCGGCUAGCGAUGCGUUUGGCAACCUGUCCAUUGGGCCUGGCAAGGCGACAGUGCGAGCUCCUCGCCCGCUCACGUACUUCUUCGCCAUCGACGUCAGCUUCUCGGCGGUGAGGUGCGGCAGUCUCAAGGCAGCUGCGGAGAGCAUCCGAGAGGCCCUGUACGGUCCGCGAGAGGGAGAGGAGAAAGCAUCGGAAGGCGAAGGCGAAGCUUCAUCGUCAUCAAGCACAGGUUUUGGCUUGCCUCACGGCAGUCGCGUUGCUUUCUUGACCUUCGACCGCUCGCUUCACUUCUGGAACCUCAGUCAAGAGCUCGAUGCAGCCCAGAUGCUCGUCGUGCCCGACAUUGACGAGCCCUUUGUGCCCAUCAGUGAUGGCCUUCUCGCAGAUCCCUGGGAGUCUCGCCACGUCGUCGAGGGCUUGCUCGACAACCUCGCCAGCAUCUUUGCAGAGAAUAUGGCAUCCGAGGCUGCCCUGGGCGCUGUCAUUCGAGGCGCUCAGGCGUGCUUAAGCACCAUCGGCGGACAGGUCAACGUCUUCCUUAGCACCAUCCCAACGAUCGGGCCUGGCGCUCUCAAGCAUCGCGAGGACACGAAGCUGUAUGGCACCGACAAGGAAAAGCAGCUCUUUGUCCCUGCUGACGGCUUCUACCGAGGCGUGGCCGAGGAAUGUGUCGAGGCCGGUAUCGGUAUCAACGCCUUCCUGUUCCCGAGCCAGUACAUCGACGUGGCCACCAUCUCAACGCUGGUGGGCACGACGGGAGGCGACGUCUACUUCCACCCGCGCUUCGACCCGGUGCGGGACGGUGUCAAGCUUCUAUCGCAGGUGCAGAGGACUGUUCUGCGGGACGUGGGCUACAAUGCCACGCUGAGGCUGCGCUGCUCGAAUGGCCUGCACCCUUCAACGCACUACGGCAACUUCUUCCAGCGAAACGUCACAGACCUCGAGUUUGCCAACAUCGAUGCUGACGAGACGGUAUCGGUGCUCCUCAAACACGAGGGACGUCUCGACGAGAAGCAAGAGUGUCACUUCCAGUCCGCACUACUCUACACGACCAACUAUGGCGAGAGGCGCGUACGAGUGCACAACAUCGCAGUCCCGGUCACCAAUUUGCUGGGCAACGUCUUCCGCUACGCGGACCUAGACUCGACGAUUGCCUACUACUUGAAGGAAGUCAGUACCCUCGCACAGUCUAAGCCACUCCAGGAGCUCCGUCACUACCUCACCGACAGGUGUGCCAAGAUUCUCCUGGCAUACAAGAAGAAUUGCGCCGCCUCUUCAGGUCCUCAGCAGCUCAUCCUGCCCGAGUCCUUCAAACUCCUCCCCUUGUACAGCUUGUGCAUCAACAAGAGCAAAGCCAUCAAGGGAGGCAACGUCACAUCGGACGUGCGUGUCCAUCACAUGCGGCUGAUGCGCUCCAGCCCCGUGGGGAGCCUGAUGGCCUUCCUCUACCCGCGUAUGGUCGCGCUACACAACAUGAGCGCAGAGGACGGCCACCCAGUCAAGGUCAAGCAAAGCGACGAAGCCGGCGCAGCAGAGAUCGAGCUUCCUCGCGUCAAGUGCCCUACUCUACUUCGCCCAAGCUUCCAGCGCAUGCAAGCGCAUGGCGCCUACCUCAUCGAGAAUGGGGAUCACGUCCUCCUCUGGCUGGGCGCGGACGUCAACCCGCGACUCCUUGAAGACCUGUAUGGCGCCUCCUCCCUCGAAGAGGUCGACCCGCGCAUGACUACCCUCCCUCGCCUUCCCACACACCUCUCCAAGCAGGCUCGCGCCCUCGUCAAGGACUUUGCGAGACAACGCGGGAAGCCCCAGCUUGCAGUGAUUGUUGCCAGGCAGAACCGGGAUGCCUCUGAGGUGGAAGCGGCUAACAUGUUGGUCGAGGACGAGAACAAUGGUGCGAUGAGCAUGGUGGAUUAUCUCUGUCAUGUGCAUCGAAUUAUCAGCAACUCGAUCAUUGGGGCUGCGACUAAUGGCAGUGGUGGUGGAGGUGGACAAGGUGGGGCAGGUGGAUCUGACAUGGCUGAGGCGCAUUCUCUCUGGAGGGGGUGGUGAGAGAAGCUGUGCACGUGGACCGCUUCGCCCUGUACAUUGACGUUGGCUCAUUGACCGUUUCGUCACUGCUGCUACGAGAGAAUUGCAAAUCGAUCAUUGACGAAGGCGA